AACCUUAUAUACGUGGGCGCAAUAUGCAGCGAAUUGGCCUGUCCAUGGCUGCUCUUAAUCUUCAUCAGAUGGUCUAUUGACGCGUACACGGUAAUGCUGCCUGGUGUCUGAUACGGGUCCCCAGCGGAGUGGUUUCCCCUAGCUUUUGUCCACCCUCUGUCCCAACUUCACUCCAACCCUUCUUAGCAACACCAAAGUGACGUCUAUGUCUGCUUCACAAUCUUCGUGUGUAACGUUCAGCAGCUGCAAUGCAAACACCAGCCUAUUAUACUUUGCACCGGCGAAUACUGUGGGGCAGUCAUGUCAGCAGUCGUACUUGCGGGGAUGGGCUCGGUAUGACAUCAGAAGUUCGUGAUUGCUAUGGCACCUAAAGGCCUCUACCCUCGCAGAGCCUCUGUUCUUAAACAUUUCCCAAGGUAUUCACUUACACUCAACAUCAUAUCAUGGCCUCCGCUCGUGAUGUCCCCAAGGAUGUCCCAGGUGGUGAAAUCUCAGGAAAAGACAAGGUGUUGGAGAGCGGAGCUGCUCUCGUUCAGAACUUCCAGCCAGUCAAGCAGAUAUGUGCCCAUCUUAAUGCCUUCCAUACCUAUGCCGAUGAGCCAGGCCGCUACGUGGAAGCGAACCACUAUUGCUCGCACCUGACCUCUGAAAUCCGCCAAUGCAUCCUCUACGACAGCCCCGGCCCAGACGCCAAACUAAUCGGCAUCGAAUACAUGGUGACCCCCUCCAUCUACUCUACCCUUGCCGCAGAAGAGCGCAAGCUCUGGCACUCUCACGUCUUCGAGGUGAAGUCCGGAAUGCUCAUUAUGCCCGACCCCUCUGUCCUCGGUCUGCACCAAGCCUGGGAGGUGGCUGAGACGGAGGAGAUGAAGGAGGUGGUGCAUCUGUACGGCAAAGUCUAUCAUUUGUGGCAGACGGACCGGGGCGACGCACUGCCACUGGGCGAAGCGAAGCUCAUGACGAGCUUCACAGCCGAGGGGCAGUUUGAUUUUGAGAAGGCGGUUGGGGACCGCGAUAGGAGAUUCGGGACGGAUUGGAAAAGGAAGCAGGAGUUGAGAAAGGGGAUUGAAGAUGCGGGCGUGCACGAGGAUGCGGAUUGGGCUUGGAAGAAGCGGAGGAAUUCGAUGUGAGCUGAGAUGGAGAGGGAACGCUGGACCCGAGCUGGCGGCCGGUUCGUCGGCGUGCGAAUUGUGACCAACUAUGAAGAAUUGGGAGAACUGGUUGCUCUAUAAGUCCUCCAACCGAAGGCGUUCUAACAGGAUCAUUAAUAAUGCACCACUUAUUCCAUGCACGAAUGUCAUGGCGUUGAGACACCCAUUGGUUGCCUAAAGUGACUAAGUAUCCGUGGCUAUUAUUCUUCACUUCAUCGAUACC